ACUAAUGAGAUAUGAGACAGAGACUGGCGCAGCUGAAAUACAGUGGUGCAUGUAUAGGCAGACAAUGAUGUUCGCCACGCUGUUGUUCGUUUUGAUGUUCACUCUGACUGCUGGGAAAGCGAUGAGAUGCCCACUUGGAUUUAUCAACCUUGGUCCAACAUGCUACCUGUUUUCGCAUAGCCGUGAUACCUACGCUGACGCCAAUUCCUUCUGCCUGUUCUUCGGGAGUCACUUGGCAGACAUCACCAGCAAGAAUGAAGAUGACUUGAUCAGGAGUCACCUUCUCAGGCAUGGCAAAGGCACUGACUUCUACAUCGGCGCCACUGACCUGAGAUCAGAGGGUAUCUGGACCUGGGAGCACCCCCUGAGGAAGGUAGAGGGCUACACCAACUGGCAACCAGGUGAACCAAGUAACAGCGCGGGUAAAGAACAUUGCAUGGCGAUGGAUUUGGGGAUUGGUUACAGGUGGAAUGACCGUCCCUGCAAGCAGGAGUUGCCGUUCAUUUGUGAAAAAUCUUAUAUUUGAUUUUGUCAUAUUUGC